AUGGCCUCGAUUUUGCCGCUCGACCAAGCAAAUUACGGUCGCUCUGACGUAGACCUCAACACUAGCCUUCUCUUCGACCGCCACGGUAACGUGUGCGGCUGUCCACAGUUCUGGGGUCUUUGCACCGACCUAAAGAACGUCGAACCGUCACUUCCAGAUCAACCCUCGGACCAUUUGAGCUCUGGUUGCCCGCAAACAGGUAACACUUCACAUCAACGACACGCGCCUUUGCCACUAGGUGCAGCAACGGAAGUCGUGAUGCGCGCGAACAUGUCGAAGUACGCGCACACCCCGCGCCUCCAUCCAAUGUCCACUGCAGAGCCUCACGCGCAACCUAGCCGCGAGCUGAAAGAAACCUGCAUUUUCUGGUACCACGGCAACUGUCGUCACGGUGCAGACUGUCCCUUUGAGCACGAGCUGAACCACAACUGGCCAAUCUUUCGACCGCAUGGAUACUCACACAAAGGCCAUCGGCGGUGUAACCUCCAAUUUUGCCCGUUCCGUACGGACCUGGAGGAUUUCAUGCAGCAGUAUUAUCCACAUGGUCUACGUGUUGAUGAGAUCCUGAAAGAGUUGGACGUGAAGGACGAAGAAGCGAAGCAAACAUCUAUGACAUUAGGUGAUCAGAAUGACAAACCUAACGGCGACGAGACGGAUGAUGGCUGGAUCGGCUUUAACUCUCAAUCGAAUAGCAAGGAGAAGAAGAACGAUGCUAUAAACGAGGGAUCCGUGCCUGACAUUACAUCGGCUCGUUUGAGCGAUGGCCUGCAGAGCCAGGCCCCUUCUGUUCAAGCUGCACCGCUAGGUCCGCCAAAAGUCGUCAAUCUCGAAGAGCAUCUCUCGCCACAUGCCGAACAUCUUGAUGCGGAAGACACCGCUUUGGAACGUGAGAUUGAUUCUGCGAGCACGCCCACGAACGGCGAUCAUCCGAACGCUCAUUUUGAAGUACAUCCGGAGCGGCAGAAGAAGUACAAGAAGACACAUAAGAGGCGUCGGACCGGGAAGCUAAGAAGCGCUCGGCAGCCAGAUCAAACAAGUACUCAACCUGAUGAAGAGCAACUUGACGUGGGCUCUGUAGUUGAGUAUGCGGAAGAAAUCAACCGUGAAGGGGAUACUAAGCGUCCUGAUGCAGAAGGCAGCAACAACGAGCACUAUGAAGCUGGUCCUGCGAGCACGUCCGCCGAUGAAGAUCGUCUCGACGCUCGUUUGGAAGUUGAUGCCGGUUCACAAAUGGAGAGGAAGGCAGGGAGCAAGAAGAAGCCUGGCAAGAAGCAGCGCGUGCAUCUGAGGACCUCGGCGGAGGCUCAAAAGAUGGGUAGCGCUCCGGAGGAGGAAGUGCUAGUCCCUCUCCCAACAGCAAUCGCCAGCACCACUGUGGAUAGCAGUGCGCUCGUGAUGCCGCAGCUUGCUAACACUGGAACUGUCGCAAUAUUAAGUUCUUCACCAACCCUCCCGCCACCAGGUCCGCCUCAUACGUCUCUUCCUUCAACUUCCAUCAGCCAUGCCGACACACAGGGAAGCAAGCGUAAGACUACUUCGCCAGGAAAAUGGUGUUCCGACCAAGCGUCAGCGUCUGGAGAUGGUGGUUGA